AUGCCCCCCCAUGUCAGGAGGGGGAGGUGGGGAGGGGGCGCUCAGUGCUGCCCCCCGGCGGCGCGCCCCGGCCCGGCCCGGCCUGCCCCGCUCCCCCGCAUCCCCCCGCCCGGCACCGCGGCCUCGGGGCCGCCGCCCGCACCUCCAUCGCAGGCGGCGGCAGGGGGCACGGAUGGGACGGGGCGGCCCCGCAGUGUCUCCCCCGCCGCUCACCCCCUCCCCCCAUGCCGGGCAGGCCGCGGGCCUGCGAACGGCGGCGGAGCGGGCGCCAACAAAAUGGAGUCGGCCAGGCCCUGCGCCCCGGCGGGGCACCCGGGCGGCGCCGCCCCCGUGCACCGCUGGCACCGCUCCCCGGCCCCGGUGCCCGCGGGCGGUCAGCGGGGCGGGUGGCGCGGGUCGCCGCCCGCCCCCGCUGGGCUCGGGUUACCCUUGCCAUUGUCCGCCGCGCCCGCGGCCGGCCCGCCCGGCGCCGCCGCGCUCCCCCGCCGCCCUUCCGCGACCGGCGGGGCGGCUGUCGCCCUCCGCGGGGCUGCCGUGCAGAGCCGUGCGAGCCUUGCCGAGCCUCGCCCGCCGGGAGCGGCGCCGGGUGCCCGCGGCCUGGCUGUCGCCGGGCUCCGCCCGCUCCCGGACAGCCGCGCUCCCCACCCGCCCUCCCCCGCCGAAGCGGCGCGCACCCGGCCGCGCGCCGCCCCGUUCCGCCGGGACGGGCUGCCACCGCGCCCCGCAAACGGCCCGCGGCGGGCGGCGGCUCGUCGCUACCUCCGAUGCGGGCCGGGGUCUCCGCCGCCAGCCGCAACGGGUCGGGCGCCAGCGCCAGCGCCGCCGCCGCACCGGCACGGCUGGGCAGGCACGGGGCGGGGCAGCCGGGGCAGCGGGAUGUGGCACCGGGCGUUGCUGCCGGGGCCGCGGGGGCAGGGCAGCGCUGCCGCCCCGGGUGCCGCCGCGGGGCUCGACGCGGUGCUGCCCGGCGGACCCGCUCCCCCCGCCGCCGCUGCCCUUUGUUUCGCCCCCGUCCGGACGUCCCGGCGUGCGGGAGCCCCCGCCGUGCUGGCGCCGCGCUCCCCGCCGGGCUGGGCCCCGGAGCAGCCGCUCUGCGCACCCAGGCAGGGAGCGCCCGCUGCCCGGGCCUCGCUGCCCCGCAGGCACAGCUUUUUUCCCCGCUGA